ACCUACCUACAUACAACAAAUCCUCACUAGCAUUACCAUUCUCACCCACUCACCACCUUCGCCUCCUCAUACUUGAACAAAAACAGGCGUAGACAAUGGGUAGUAUCGGAAUCCCAAUAAAGCUCCUCAACGAGGCCCAGGUACCCUUCCCUUGCCCAUCUCCAUCCACCCCCAAUCCAAAUAUCAACUAACCAACCGAACCCAGGGCCACGUCUGCACUCUAGAACUGACUUCUGGCCAAAUAUUUCGCGGCAGACUUUUCGAAGGCACUUGCCCUCCCCCUCCUACCCUCUUCCCCCCAACCCUCCCAACUAACCCAUCAACGUGUCUGUGAUAAACACAGCCGAGGACAAUAUGAACGUCCAACUCCGCGACAUUACCGUUACAGCUCGUGAUGGGCGCGUAUCCCAUCUCGACCAGGUGUACAUCCGUGGCUCGCACGUUAGGUUUUUUAUCGUGCCGGAUAUGUUGAGGUAUGUCUUCCGCUUUGCCGGGUUAAAUAAAGGCGAGGGGCGAAGGGGGGGCUAAUGGGGUGUGAUAGGAAUGCUCCGAUGUUUAGGUCUAGAGCUGUGCGCGGUAGGGGUGUUGGGUUGGCGAGAGGAAGGGCUACGGUUAACCGUGCGAGGGGCCAACAG